CUGUUAUCAAGAUGGCGCUGCGGCCAGGAUCUGGGGGAGGCGGCAGUUUUAUGUAUCCUGUUGGAGGCGGCCUGGGACCGCCACAAGGCAUGGUACCCAUGCAGCAGCAGCUGCAGCAGCAGCAGCAACAGCAGCAACAGCAGCAACAGCAGGGCUUCCCUAUGGUUCCGGUCAUGCAGCCGAACAUGCAGGGCAUGAUGGGAAUGAACUUUGUGGGACAGAUGCCCCCAGGAGCCAUCCCUAUGCAGGGAGGGAUGGCUAUUGGGAUGCAGACCCCUGGGAUGCAGUUCAUGGGUCAGCCACAGUUUAUGGGCAUGAGACCUGCUGGACCCCAGUACACUGCGGACAUGCAGAAGCAAAUGGCAGAGGAGCACCAAAAACGUCUGGAGCAGCAGCAGAAGAUGCUGGAGGAGGACAGGAAAAGAAGACAAUUUGAGGAGCAGAAACAGAAGCUAAGGCUGCUCAGCAGUGUCAAACCCAAGACAGGAGAGAAGAGCCGCGAUGAUGCCUUGGAGGCAAUCAAAGGAAACCUUGAUGGCUUCAGCAGAGACGCGAAGAUGCACCCCACUCCAUCAUCACAGACCAAGAAGACAGACUCAUCGCCACCACACGCGCCUGUCACCACUCACUCCCUCCCCCCAGCUUUGUCCGAGGAUAAUGAUGAGUUUAGUGACUUUCAGGGGCCUGUAGAUGCCCCCGCCUCCUUCCCUCCGUCCUCCUCCACCUUCGGCCUCUCUUCUCAGGCCCUCGUCCAGCCUUCAUCCUCUGCCCCCACAACAGGUUUCUGUCAGGACGAUGACGAUUUUAGUGACUUUGUUCAGGGUCCUCUAAAUGCUUUCCCUCUCUCCAACUUGCAAAUGUCCUCUGAGGCCCAAGUCCAACCUUCAUCUCCUUCCCUGAAGGCAGGUCUGUCCUCCUCCUCUCCCUCUUCCCUCCCUAAGUCCCUCCCUGCCUCUGUGUCCAUUCCCUCUGACACCCAACACUCUGCUGUCAACACGAGCUCCCAAUCUACAUUUCAAGGCCCGUCCCUGGAAGAGAAGUUAUUCUCCUCAUACGAUCUUACUGCUGAUAAGACGGCACAGGUUAGCUUUAAAUCCAAGCAGAGUUUGGCUGAAAUGGGUCCUAGAACUAAAGUUUCAACCCAGUUUCACACCAGCACUAAAGCGAGGAACUGGGCUGCGGCCCCUGAGGACUUGAGUUGUGUCUUCAUCGCAGAAAAGCUCCCUGAGGUCCCGGUGUCAGCACCCAGCGCCCCCCCAUCAGCUGCUGACUCGUCUCCUCAAACCAGUAGUGACAGUGCAGGUGUUGGCGUGUACCCACAACAAGAGCACAUCCAGCCCAUGCUGCCAGCCUGGGUUUACAAUGACAGCCUCAUCCCAGAAAUGUUCCAGAAGGUUCUUGAAUUCACCAUGACCCCAGCAGGGAUAGACACAGCCAAGCUCUACCCAAUACUGAUGUCAUCAGGUCUUCCUAGGGAAGCACUGGGGCAAAUCUGGGCGUCAGCCAACCGCACAACACCUGGCAUGCUGACCAAGGAGGAGCUUUAUACUGUACUUGCACUAAUUGGUGUGGCGCAGAGUGGCCUCCCAGCAAUGAAUGUGGAAAUCCUCAGUCAGUUCCCUUCUCCACCGGUGCCCAACCUGCCUGCCCUGGCUAUGGCCAUGGCACCCGUCAUGCCCCAGCACCAGCAGCCCAUGAUGACCAAACCCCCGGUCUCCAUGGCCAUGGGCAUGCCCACACCAGCACCACCAGUCAUGACCAUGAAACCCACAGCACCGGCUCCAGCUCCCUCAAACACUAAUAACUUCAUCGCCAGUUUCCCUCCUGCACAGGGGACCAAAGCCGAUGACGAUGACUUCCAGGACUUCCAGGAAGCUCCAAAGGCAGGAGCAGGAGACCAGGCCUUCACUGAGUUUCAGGGGGAGUCAGGUGGAAGUUUCCCCACCACCAUCGCACCUCAGCAUCAAAACAGUGCGCCUGCCAUGCUGACUCCAGUGUCUGGUUCCUCGUCCGCCUCCAUCACGUCCUCUGAUAAGUACGCUGUCUUCAAACAGCUGUCUGUGGAUCAGCCUGCAGAGCCUCCACCCCCUGCCUCAGAUAUUGGAGACAAAUACAGUGUGUUCAGACAGCUCGAGCAACCUGCUGACAAGAAACCAGUCGGGGAAGGAUUUGCAGAUUUCAAGUCCGUCAGCGCUGAUGAUGGCUUCACAGACUUUAAAACCGCCGACAGCGUCUCUCCAUUAGACCCUUCAGACCAGGCCAAGAUCUUUCAACCUGCCUUCCAUUCUGCUUUCCCAACCUCUCAGUCUCUACAACAACUACCACAGCAGCAGCAACAGCCAGCAGUGUGUCUUUCUCAGCCCAAAAAUCCUCUCAACAUGGCCGACAUGGACCUUUUCUCUUCUAUAGCUCCAUCUGUUCCUGCCCCCGCUGAGACAAAACCCAGCACAUUCCCCUCAGUGUCUGUGCCCCCCUCUCUAGUGCUCCUACCAGGUGGAGCCAAACCUCCAGGGGGAGGUACAGAUGAUUUUGGUGAUUUUAGCCUUUUUGGCUCGGCCUCUGAUGCUGCUCAAGCUUCAGCAGCAGGAGGAGCUGUGGCAGCGCCUCAGGACGACUUUGCAGACUUCAUGGCAUUUGGCAGUUCUGGUGGGGAGCCUAAAGGCGAGAGCAGCAGUGUGGGGGUCCAAGGGGAGACCUCCACUCAGCAGCGGCCUCCGCAGGGCUCAGACAAGUACGACGUAUUCAAACAGCUGUCUCUGGAGGGAGGCCUGGCCUACGAAGAGACUAAGGAGAGUGGCGGUGGCUCCUUCUCUUCCCUCAAGAGUGACACUGACGACUUUGCCGACUUUCAGUCCUCAAAGUUUUGCACAGCGCUCGGGGCUUCGGAAAAGACUCUCGUGGACAAGGUGGCUGCUUUCAAACAGGCCAAAGAGGACUCUGCCUCUGUCAAGUCCCUCGACCUCCCGUCCAUCGGGGGCAGCAGCGUAGGAAAGGACGACUCCGAGGACGCACUCUCAGUGCAGCUGGACAUGAAGCUCUCGGACAUGGGCGGAGACCUGAAACAUGUGAUGUCGGACAGCUCUCUGGAUUUGCCAGGUCUCUCGGCCCACCAGCCCCCCGCUACAGAAGGAGACGACAAAUUUGACCCCUUUGGGACGUCGGCCCUCAGCACUCUGGCCAGCUAUGACUGGUCAGACCGGGAGGACUGUCUGCCCGGUGAGGUCAGAAAGCCGCAGGGCUUUGAAGGAACUUCCCUUCCAUCUUUAGCUCCAGCACAGAGGAAGGACCUGACCUUUGGAAGCACCGAAAACACCACAAGCAGCUCCGUAGCAAAGAUCCCGACCUCCUUCCCCGCCGAGGACAGCUCCUCCACAGAUGACAAGUUUGAAGCCUUUGCUGAUUUUGGCUCCGGUGACCAGGGAGGUGUCGAUGACGAGGAUGACUUUGGGGACUUUGCCAGUACUGUUUCUGAAAAGUCUGACUCGCCCGCCGCCACCACUGAGGCCGGCUCCGAGGGAAACCAAAGUGAGGCCUCCGAUGAGUUUGCAGCUUUCCAGGCGGACAAGCCUAAGUUUGGCAAGUCUGACUUCCUCAAAGCCAGCGCUCAGACCAAAGUCAAGUCCAGUGAGGAGAUGAUUAAGAACGAACUGGCAACCUUUGACUUGUCUGUUCAAGGGUCCCACAAACGCAGUCACAGUUUGGGCGACAAGGAGAUUGGGCGUUCGCCCCCGUCUCCGGCUCCAGAGCAGCCCUUCAGAGACCGAUCCAACACCCUGAGCGAGAAGCCCGCCCUGCCUGUCAUCAGAGACAAGUACAAGGACCUGACUGGGGAGGUGGAGGAGAGCGAGCGUUACGCAUAUGAGUGGCAAAGGUGUCUGGAAAAUGCUCUGGAGGUCAUCACCAAAGCCAACAACAUCCUGAACAGCAUCAGCAGCUCCUCUGUCUGCACCGAGGUCAUCCAGUCCGCUCAGGGCAUGGAGUACCUGCUGGGCGUGGUGGAAGUGUAUCGCGUCACCAGGCGCGUGGAGCUGGGCAUCAAGGCGACGGCCGUGUGCUCCGAGAAGCUGCAGCAGCUGCUGAAGGACAUCAGCCGCGUGUGGAACAAUCUCACGGGCUUCAUGUCUCUGGCCAAGCUCGCUCCUGAUGAAAGCUCCCUCGAUUUCUCCUCCUGUAUUUUGAGGCACGGCAUCAAGAAUGCAAAGGAGUUGGCAUGUGGGGUGUGUCUGCUCAACGUCGAUGCUCGCAGCAAGAACAAAGAAGAAAGCGCUAUUGGACGUCUGUUUAAACGAGCCUUCAACUCGGAGACGGACAACUUCAAGCUGCUGUACGGGGGCCACCAGUACCACGCCAGCUGUGCCAAUUUCUGGAUUAACUGUGUGGAGCCCAAACCCCCCGGCCUCAUACUGCCUGACCUGCUCUGAGCUCUGGGCUGCAGCUGCCAUGACAACAGGGCACCGGUUAAUCAACAUCAGAUAGGUGGACCGACGACGGGUCUCGCACUGCACGGGCUCCCACCUCAGACAGAAGGACGCUUAAAGUCACUGGAGUCCUCUGUAUUUAUUUGUUUUUUAUUCUGCAAUCUCUCUUUUGUCACAACUCUGCUGUCUCAGAUCUGGUUUAAGAUCGCUGUCGUUAUUGUUACUCUUCUGUCCACAUAAAUUACCUAAACAUAUGUCGUAUUUUCACUGCUGAAAAAGAGUCAAUAUUACUAAAUAAUCAUGUGACUCAUUUACAUUAUAAGGUGUGCUAUAUCAUUAAAAACACUGGAAGAAGAAGUCUGUAAACACCUUUUCUUUAAUGUCGCUUGUUGCUUUGCUUCCGUUUGAGAGGAUUUGUAUUCAUGACUUCUUUUCUUCCCAUCAAACCAGAGCUGUUGAAUCAUACGCCUGUUAUUGUACUUGAAUUACAUUUGUUGGUCGGGUCUGUUUGAUGAAACUCUGUAGCUGUUACAGCUUUAAUAUGAAAUCUUUAACAUUUAAACCAAGGCAGGUGUCUACCUUUUAAUGAAUUGUGUUGAAUUGACUGCGUUGAAUGUUUUUUUGCACUGUUGAGGAGAUUUCCGCGCCUCUUUGGGUAUUUAAAUUGUAUAUUUUAUAGGGAGAAAAAGUUGUGAUUUCGGGAUCUGAAGGGAACCAUGUUAACGGUUUUGUUUUUGUGUCUUGGUGUUGUGUGCAACUAGAGCUGAAUGUCUGGAAGAAGUUGACUGAUUCUGAACUAAGAUUGCAGCAGCACUUUUUGUAUAUAACAGUGUCAUGCUGUAGCAUUGUAAUUAUGACCAUAGACUGUAUAUACAGUCUAUGAUGAUGACCAACUGUAAAGUGAAUUUGAUGUAAAUAAAUAUGCAUUCAGUUUA